UAAACCAUCAUCAUUCCGGCUGCAGAACCACACUCUGUAACAGCCUGUACCGCUGAGAGAUGACAGACUCAAUCUCCGCGCCCGCAGCACGUUCACGGCCCUGGGAGCUUGGAGCUGCGUAGCACCAUCACUGCAAACAGCACAGACACAUCUCACCGAACCGGGAGACUGCGCUUUUGUUUCCUGCGAGAGGACUAAAAGCGCGGCAGGAAUAAGGAAUUACCUUUUUUACUCAAGCAGAAAGCAGCCGUUUGUUCAAUGUCAUCAUGAUCAUCUUUUCGUCACGCAGUGUACUGCUGUCGGUUUACUAUCCUCAGAUCUUCCUCAUCCUCACCAGCGGUAGCUACCUGGCCCUGUCCUCGGUGGUGGCUCUGGGUGCCAACAUCAUCUGCAACAAGAUCCCCGGGCUGGCCCCCCGGCAGCGGGCCAUCUGCCAGAGCCGCCCCGACGCCAUCAUCGUCAUCGGGGAGGGCGCUCAGCUGGGCAUCAAUGAGUGCCAGUACCAGUUCCGCUACGGCCGCUGGAACUGCUCGGCCCUGGGGGAGAGGACGGUGUUCGGCCAGGAGCUGCGAGUAGGCAGCAGGGAAGCGGCCUUCACCUACGCUAUCACGGCGGCGGGCGUGGCCCACGCGGUCACGGCCGCCUGCAGCCAGGGCAACCUCAGCAACUGCGGCUGCGACCGCGAGAAGCAGGGCUACUACAACCAGGAGGAGGGCUGGAAGUGGGGAGGCUGCUCGGCUGACAUCAAAUACGGCAUUGAGUUCUCCCGAAGGUUCGUAGACGCCCGCGAGAUCAAAAAAAACGCCAGGCGGCUGAUGAACCUACAUAACAAUGAGGCAGGAAGAAAGGUCCUGGAGGAGAGGAUGAAGCUGGAAUGUAAGUGCCACGGCGUCUCGGGGUCCUGCACCACCAAGACGUGCUGGACCACCCUGCCCAAGUUCCGGGAGAUCGGCUACGUCCUGAAGGACAAGUACAACGAGGCGGUGCAUGUGGAGGUGGUGCGGGCCAGCCGCCUGCGCCAGCCCACCUUCCUGAAGGUGAAGAAGACGCAGAGCUACCGCAAACCCAUGGAGACGGACCUGGUGUACAUCGAGCGCUCGCCCAACUACUGCGAGGAGGACUCGGCCACGGGGAGCGUGGGCACGCAGGGCCGGCUGUGCAACCGCACCUCCCCCCACACGGACGGCUGUGACUUAAUGUGCUGCGGGCGGGGCUACAACACGCACCAGUACACCAAAGUGUGGCAGUGCAACUGCAAGUUCCAGUGGUGCUGCUUCGUCAAGUGCAACACCUGCAGCGAGAGGACGGAGGUGUUCACCUGCAAAUGAAGCUGAGGAGACGGAGGGCCAGGGUAGGCGGGACGCCAGGACCGAGAAGGAAGACAAAAGGUUUUUUUGGAAACGGUACAGAGAAUAUAAAAGAAUGGAAUUUACAAUAUCAGUUCCU